AUGUCAACUGAAGAUGUACAAAAAAUGGAUGAUAUACCAUCUAGUUCUGAUAAUAAACAUUUUCCAGCUCGGCCAACUACACAAGAAAUUCAUCAAGAAAACUUAUUACUUAAUGAUCAGGUUUUACAAACAUCACAUAAAAAUCAAGAAUUAAUAAUGUUUCUUGAAGAACAAAAUACAAAUAAAAUUGAUCGUGAACAACAAACAAUUCGAAUAAAUCAGCAUGAUUCAUACACACAAACAGAUUUAGUAGCAAUAACAACAGGUCAAGAACAAAUCAAUUUAUUAAAUGAUUAUCAUAUUUUAUCAAUAUUCAAACAUCAAAAUAAACUAAUAGUAAAUUUUAACCCCCAACAAAGUACUAAUAAACAAAUUGAUCAUGAUCAAGCACAACAAACAAUUGAAGUAAAUCAACAUGAGGCACAAACGGAUUUAAUAACAACAACAACAACAGUAUCAAGUCAACAAAAAAACAUGAAAUCAAAUCUUGAUGUUAAUGGAGUGAAUUCUACACCAACUUCAAAAGUUUUAUCAGCAACAAAUCCAAGUGAUAAAACUGUCAAUUUUCUUGGUCCAUUUGAAACAAUAGCUCCAUCAUUACAGCAAGUAAUAAAUUGUUCAAAAACAACUAAUUCAGUAAUAACAUCAGCUAUUAAAAAAAUGACAUCAAUUCGAAAAACUAAAUCUCAUCGUUCACGAUCUCUCGAAUUUGCUACUCGACCAACAUCUCAUAAUAUUGUUGAUUUAACAGAAAAAGAUGAUGAUACUACAAAUAAAGCAUACACAGAAAAAAUGACGUCAAUCAAAUCAAAACAAAGUUCAAUAUCUACACUAUCAUCAACAGUCACGUCUAUUCGUAUGUUUUUAUUAAUAUUAAACAUUUCAGAUAAUGUAUUAACUCUUGUAGAACCUACAAAUCGUUCAAUUUGUCCAAAUACUACUAUUCCACUUGGAGAGACAAUUAUUUUACCUCCAUUACUUGAACAUAAUCCAUGUGACAAUAGCAUAACUCGACCUCAAUUACUUAUAAAACAUAAAGAUACAAUGAUUCAAUUAAUUUGGAAUUUACCUUCAACAUCAAUGGAAUCUAUAGAAGAGUAUGAAAUUUAUACAUAUCAACAAAGUUUAACAACAGUGUUAUCUGGUUGGGAAAAAUUGAAGACAGUUAAAUCAAAGCAUCGUCCAAUGAGAGCUGCUAUAAAGUACUUUCAAUAUAAUUGUCAUUAUGCAUUUGCUAUUCGAGCAAUAUCAAUUAAUAAUGGCGUUGGUCGUUUUUCUAAACCAAAAACAAUAUUUAUAGGAAGCAUAUACACCUAUUGA